CGCGCGUCGCCGUCGCCGUCUCCGUCUCCGUCUCCGAACUUCCCACUCGGCAGCGACGAAACCAAAGCCGGAGACCUUUUGAUCCAGUGCUAGGGUACAGGGCUUUGGUGCGAGGCCAUGGAGGGAUCCCUGGAGGCGCGGCCCGGCGUCCUCCUCGUCGGCGCCCCCGGCGUCGGCAAGCGAACCAUCCUCUCCCGGCUGCUGGCAGCUGAAAUACCUGACUCGCAUGACUUAUCAUCUGGUGUGCUGUGUCAGGGGUGGACAAUUGACACAAAGUAUUACUCAGCUGAUCUUUCCAUCUGGACAGCAAAUCUUGGUGAAGAAUUUUCUCUUGGUUCCCUUCCUCAUCUAGAUCAGUUGGCAGCUCUUGUUAUGGUCUUCGAUAUGAGUGAUGAAUCAUCCUUGCUUACUUUGCAAAGUUGGGCUGCCAAUGUUGAUAUGCAGAGGUUUGAGGUCUUGUUGUGCAUUGGAAAUAAAGCAGAUCUUGUACCUGAUCAUGGUGCACAUGUAGAAUAUAGGAGGCGUAUGCAAAGGCUUGGGGAGUCAAGUUCUGAUCCACACCCUGAAUAUUUGGACUUUGGGAUAAAUGAAAGUGAGGGUUGCGGCUUGUUAUCAGUGGAAGAACCAUGCAUCGAGAUCAGAAACUCUACUUCACAGUGGUGUAUUGAUCAGAACAUAGAGUAUAUCGAGGCCUGUGCUUCCAAUACUGACUUUGAUAAAUGUCUAUCAGUGGAUGGUGAUAGCCAAGGCUUAGAGCGACUCUUUGGAGCUCUUUCUGCACAUAUGUGGCCUGGGAUGAUUCUGAAAUCUGGAAACAGAAUAACUGCUCCGUCCUUGGUUGAAAAAGAAGAAUCUUCGGAUGAUGAAUCCAACUAUGAUUUUGAGUACGAGGUCCUGUCCCAUGGAUCUGAUGACCAGUGGGAAUUCGUCGGUGAGACAAGUACAUCCAGAAGCUUUGAGAGAUCAAAUGAGGCUAAUGGUACACAGGAACACACACAUCAAGUUGUGAAUGCCAGCGCUGAUUCUUCAAAACCCAACGCUCUACCGAGUCACGCACCCACAGAAACUGCUGAAGAAAAUACUGUAACUCAGAGCAACAAAGCUGGCGAUAGUGAUCAUGUGGAUAGGACCACAGCAGAUAGUGCCGACGACCAUCAAGGUGAUGCCCCAGAGGCUAACAACCUGUUUGAUGAUGAGCAUUAUGGUCUAGAUGACCUGGAGAAGUUAAUGUCGGAGAUUGGCAACAUGAGAUCCAACCUAAGGCUCAUGCCUGACUUCCAGAGGAGAGAGAUGGCUGCAAAGCUAGCCAUGAAAAUGGCAGCCAUGUUUGGUGAUGAUGAUGAAGAGGCAUUUGAGGAUUUGUAAGGCAACUCAUGCAAUUCCACCUUAUUGCGUAUUACCAGACAGGUUGCAAAUGAUGGAAAAAAUGUUUUUGUACAGGCCGAUGAGCCUCUGGCCACAUAGGGCACUUCUCAUGAUAAUGUCUUUGUUUAGGGGAAAAAAUUGUGCCUGUGGGCAAGAUGUAUUAUUAUAAACUAUAUUCCCUCGAGUCCACGGGGGUAACUUCAUGACUAUGUUAUGGUGAAAUUGAGGAAAAAUCAAUGUGGUGAUAUUUUAGAAUCGCAAAUAGAAAAAGAGAGAACCUUCCAACUCUA